ACGCCGUGACGGUUGUGCAAACGUUUAGAGCGGCUUAACAAACGUGCAGCGUAUAUGUGUGUGUGAGUGUGUAAAGCAGGAAACAUAAAGUGAGAAACAAAAAGUGCAGUGAAUUAUUGAAUACAAAGUGCUAAGGUUGCAGACAGUGAAAAAUAAUAACUUAAACAGCAAUAAAAAUAAUUGUAAAACAAAAGACUUAGGCAACAAACUGGCUGCACUUUGGAUAUAAUUAAGGCCAAGUCAAUAAAGCAUCCAUACACACCAAGCGGCAUCAAAUAAAAUCUAUUGCGUGGGCCGUCGCAACGUUCCACUUAAACGUACCGCAACAGCUGCCAUAAUUGGAUUAACUUCAGCAGCUCGGGCUUGAGGCUUGGGGCUUGGACUUGGCGUGCGAAAAACACAAAAAGCUAACUACGGGCAAUACGCAUUUAAAGAAGUCAUUAACGGGCUGCCAAAGCGCAACGAUCAACGGCCAAGUGGCAACGUGCAACGUCAACAAAAUGAUUUUAAGAAUACUGCUGCUGGGCUGCCUGGCUGUUGCUGCUGCUCAGGCGCAAUAUCAUCAUUUUGGCGAACAACUGCAGACAGCACAUGGCUCCGAUUGUGCGCUGCUGCUAGCCGGACCCGGUCGCUCCUCUGUCUAUGACUACAAUGUGAAUUUGUUUCGCGGCUCGAGACUAAAUCCUUACAACACUGGCGCUGGCACUUGCAUUACCUACGAUGCCAUCAAUGCGGCCUAUUUGGAUGCACGCAAGCGUAUACAUGUGGCACAGCCCAAGUCGGACUGGAAGCCCGAGGAGCUGGCCACCGUGGGCGAGCUGCUGCUGGACAUAUCCAUACAGUUGGCCCGCACCUACGGCCUGAGCUAUGAGGAGAUCGAAAAGGGACUGCCGACCAUAGAUACGUCCAAGACAUUGAUACGCGAGGUGUGCCCGCCGUUCUUUGCCAAUGUGGAGUGCCGUCCGGGCAAGUAUCGCCGCUUCGACGGGCUGUGCAACAACAUUGAGCAUCCCACUUGGGGUGCGGCCAAUGCGCCGUUCCAGCGACUGAUUGGACCGCUCUACGCGGACGGCAUCAAUGCGCCACGCAUAUCGGUAACCGGUCGUGAUUUGCCCUAUUCACGUGUGGUCUCGCGCACAAUGCAUCCAGACGAUGGCUAUCAUGAUCAUGCCGGCACUGUUAUGGUCAUUGCCUGGGGCCAGUUUAUGGAUCACGACUUUACGCUCACAGGCACGCCGCUAGAUCCCAUUAAUCGCAACGAUCCGGAGGAGUGCUGCAAGCGUCCAUUGCAUUUAAAGCAUCCCUACUGCAAUGAGAUACGCAUACCCGACGACGAUUAUUUCUAUCGCCUGUUUAAUGUCAAAUGCAUUGACUUUGUGCGCGGCUUUCCCUCACCCAGACCAGGCUGUCGUCUAGGCUCACGCCAGCAGUUCAAUACGCUCACUGGCGUCAUUGAUGCCAACACCGUCUAUGGCGUUAAGGAAGUCUUUGCUCGCAAGCUGCGCACUGGCUAUGGCGGUCUGAUGCGCAUGAAUCCUGUUUUCCAGGAGUACGGCCUGAAGGAUCUGCUGCCGCUGAAGCUGGACAUACCCGACGAGGGCUGCACGCGUCCCAACAAGAGCAUGUACUGCUUCGAGGGCGGCGAGAUACGCGUCAAUGAGCAGCUCGUGCUCACCUGCAUGCACACGCUCAUGGCUCGCGAGCAUAAUCGUCUGGCCAGCAGUCUGUCGCACAUUAAUCCGCACUGGGAUGACGAAACGCUGUUCCAGGAGUCGCGUCGCAUCAACAUUGCCAUAGUGCAGCAUGUCACCUACAAUGAGUUCUUGCCCAUACUGCUGGGUAAGGAGGUAAUGGAAAAGUUUGGGCUGGUGCUGCAGAAGGAUGGCUACUGGGAUGGCUAUGAUGCUACAGUGAAUCCUGGCAUUAUAGACAGCUUUGCUGGCGCUGCUUUCCGCUUUGGUCACUCACUGCUGCCCACAGCUGUGGAGCGCUGGUCCAAGGCGCACAAGUUUAUAGCUUCAAAGCGUUUAUCCGACUUGAUUAGACGUCCUUACGAUUUAUAUCGCGCUGGCGUGCUGGAUGAGUACUUCAUGGGUUUGAUGAAUCAAGUGGCGCAAGCUAUGGACGACUCAAUAACACAGGAGGUUACCAAUCAUUUGUUUAAAAAGGAAGGCGCGCGCUUUGGCAUGGAUUUGGUUUCGUUUAAUAUGCAGCGUGGUCGUGAGUUUGGCAUUCCCGGCUACAUGGAGUUCCGCAAGUUCUGCGGUCUACCCACAGCCAACACUUGGGAUGAAAUGUACGGCUCCAUGCCCAACGAAACGGUGCUACGCUAUGGCAGCAUAUUCGAGCAUCCAUCUGACAUUGACUUGUGGUCUGGCGGCGUUUCGGAAAAGUCGCUGCCUGGCUCUAUGCUGGGGCCUACUUUUGCUUGCGUCAUUGCCACGCAAAUGAGUUAUCUGCGACGUGGUGAUCGCUUCUGGUAUGAGCUGCCCAAUCAGCCUUCGUCCUUUACGCCAGAGCAGCUGCAGGAAAUACGCAAGGCAAAGCUUUCGCGCUUGAUAUGCGACAAUACGGACUUAAUAGAUACAGUGCAAAUUUAUCCCAUGGUAUUGCCAGAUCAUGAAAUCAAUCCACGCGUGCCUUGCAAGAGCGGCAUUAUACCCUCCAUAGAUCUAACAAAAUGGGCUGAUUAUGGCAGUCAUGGGCUGGACUCUUCUGUUUUUAACUAUAUUAACGAAAUACCUGACACGCUGCUCAACUUUAGAAAGUAAACAAUUUGUUAAUUGUUUUGAUUUCAUUUCGCCAGCUAUCAAACUCAAGAGCUAUCAAACCUUCAACUAUUGCCGUCGCUUAGUCUCUACUGCUAGUCCUCUUUCUCUUUCUUACACUCUUUCUCUCCCACUCUCUCUCUAAUGCUUUCAAUCAUUUAACAGCCAAGUCAGCCACACUGCCAUUAUUCCAACAUUAUUCCAACAUUUCCAUGCAUUAUUCGUCUGUAUAUAUGUAUUAUUUUUAAAUAGCAAAAUCCACAAAAAAAAGAAACGAAAGCAAGAGUUA